ACGCAUUCAUGAUUUAUCCCUCAAAAUCUCCAAUCUUUUAUUUUCUUAUUAACAAGCCUUGAACUUGUAUUCGUUUUUUUCAAGCUUCAUCUUUGUUUUUCUUCUUUUCCAUUGCAAUGGUUGUUGGUACAAUUUGUGAUUCUGAGUCACUUAACCAUGCAGUCACAAUUCCAAAUCCUACAAAGGAAAUGGAAGAAAAACAAAUUCAAAUCACAAAAGAAAAUAAUAACAAUACUAAUAUUGAUUAUUGGCAAAGAGCUCAAUGGCUUCGCGCCGCUGUAUUAGGAGCAAAUGAUGGAUUAGUUUCCGUCGCUUCACUAAUGAUGGGAGUAGGAGCUGUAAAAACCGAUAGCACGGCAAUGUUAGUCGCGGGUUUUGCAGGAUUAGUCGCAGGAGCAUGUGGUAUGGCGAUAGGAGAAUUUGUUUCGGUUUUCACUCAAUAUGAAGUCGAAGUUGGUCAAAUGAUGAGAGAUUUAGGAACAAGUGAUAGAAAAGAAAAGGAAUUGGAAAUUGAGUUGGAGAAAAGGAGAUCAUUGCCUAAUCCAUUACAAGCUGCUUUAGCUUCUGCAUUCUCAUUUUCUAUAGGUGGUUUGGUUCCUUUACUAAGUGGUUCAUUUAUAAGUGAUUAUAAGAUAAGGCUUAUUGUGAUUGUUUCAAUAGCUAGUUUUGCUUUGGUUGUUUUUGGAAGAGUUGGUGCUAUACUUGGUAAGACACCACAAAUGAAAUCUUCUAUUAGGUUUCUACUUGGUGGAUGGAUGGCUAUGGCAAUCACUUUUGGGUUAACUAAAUUACUUGCACAUUCUAGUGGUUUGGAGUUUUGAGUUGUGUAAAUGUAAUCUUGUUUUUUUUAAUUAAUUGUUUUAUGAGUAAAAAUCUAAAAGGGUCAUUGAAGAAAUAGAGUUCAAAGACCUAUUUAGAUCCUUACACUUGUCUUAUCAUUUGAAUUUGAAUAACUACUCAUUUAUGUUCAUGAGGCUAGUAUGAACUAGUUUGUCAUAUGAUUCAUGUUGGACCAAUAAAAAUAAAUGUCAUUUGCAAUAUUCCAA